CAAGAUGGCUGCGCCCUUGCUGCGGUGGUUUUCUAGUUUACGACCGAAUAUCAUUACAAGAAAUGCCUUUUUGGCGGUAUCUCUUAAAAUUAACAAUGAUGCUCCUUGCCGUUACUUGAGGAAUUCUAAGAGUUUACCUCCUUUUCUAAAAGAACAAGUCAAAAGAAGAGAGGGAAUUGGUCCAGAACCUAUCAGACAUCCAUCAGAAUAUGGCUGUUGGAAUUAUGAUGCUGAGCUUUUUGCAUUUGGCAAAAGGAUUGGGGAGGAGUUUGAUAGUGAAAUACUGGAGGAAGCUUUCACCGUCAAAUCAUCCAUUGAGAAGGAAAUAGAGGAGAGAGAAAAAGUUGGAGUAGCAACAGAAGUUUUGGGAGCCAGAUGUAAUGAGGAGCUGUCAAGUGAAGGAAAGAAAAUUGUUGAGAAAUAUUUAAAGGCAUACCUGAGGUGUAAUUUUCCAUACAUGUUUGAGGAAGGUAUAAGUGGCAUCUGUGAUUACUUAAUGAAUCAAGAGCUGCUGGCCCAUGUUGGAAAGUUAAUAGGAAUAACAGACUUAAUUCAGUCCAAGUACUAUCCCCCAACAGAAGAAGAGAUGUGUACCACAUUCCUGGCUAUUGUUGCAGCACUAGGAAGAAGUCAGAAUGAGGAGAGAGCUGGUGUUUUAGUGGUGGACUUCAUCAUACCUCGUCUGGUAGGGAAAGACAUCAAUGAAAUGUGGAAAUUAGAUAACCCUAUGGGAUUACUGAGUGCUGUUCUUCAAUCCAGGGGAAUGGCAACCCCAGAGUCUAGGUUAUUGUGGCAGACAGGCUGUUCAUCUAUUAUGUCUGUCUACCAUGUGGGAAUCUACUCAAAUAAAGAACUCAUAGGAAGAUCCCCUGGAGAGACCCUUACUAUAGCAGAGGAACAAGCUGCAAGAGAGGCCCUCAAAAACUUCAUGAAAACAGAUGAUGCUCGGCCACCACUGUUACCAAGCUCAAAAGUACCCCUAGGAUCCUUAGACCUGGAAAAGAAAAAUCCUAGUGCAGAACUCUUACUGAAACUCUACUCACAAUCAGAUGCUAGUUCAUAGGCGCCAAAGCAAUGUGUACUAGUAAUUAAAUGUUUAUUA